UAGCCGCUUCUUACAGUACAGUAGAGUAAUUUGAGCUGCUGGAACAUACAUACGUGUACGAAGCGCGCGCUUGCAACGACGUCGGGUCUACGGGGCAGGUUUCUCGCUGAAUUUUUUUUUUUUGCUUUUGGGGUCUCCAAAUCGCUUAAGAAUUUACGAAUUUACGCGCAACGCAAUCGGGGGAAUAUAUACGAAAAAACGCGUUUAAGAGAAGGGGAAAGGGUUAAAAGCAACAGUUGUUGGUUUUAGAUUUUUUAUUUUUUUUUUGAAAAAAAAAUUCGUUAAUAUUUUCAAAAAUUCCAUUAAAACGUGUUUUCGGCGCAAAUUUUAUUCUUUUCUCGAAAAGUGUUUUGUGAAACGUGAAAUUCCGAAAUUGAUUUUUGCAAAUCAGUUCGUAAAAGUGACACAGAACUGGUUAUUGCACAGAAGCGCUGAUACAACUUAUGGACUUUGUGUGAAUUUUGUUCAAUAAGAAAUCAAUACCAAUACAGCAACAAAAAGCAAAAACAACACGACCCAACAUACAGUGAACAGUGAACACACAAAUGCCAGUUAAGCUAGAAUGACAACAACAAAAACACACUUAUAGCAGACGUCAAGCAAAAAAAACAUAAGAAAACCGGACUUGGAAUGGCUGAAAUUCCAAUGGUGACAGAAUCAGACAAAAUAAAAAUAAUGAAAAAAUAAUUAUACAACUAAGAAAUAAAAUAAAAUAAGUAAAUGAAGAAUAAAAGAAAUAGUUUGGAAAUAAAAAUAGAACUAAAAAUAUGCAAAUAAAGUCAAUCGUUUAAACGAUUUCAAAAUCGGCCGGCGCAUACCAACACAACACUGAAAAAAAAUAAAUAAAAUAACAAAAAAAUAUUUACAUAAAACAGAAACCAGUUUUCGAGAUAAAUUUCGUAUGUAUUUGCAUGUUAUAGAAUAAAUAAACAAAGUUAAUAGUUAAAAUCGAAAAAUAAGAAAAGGUGAAAAAAUUGGUUCUUCUAAUUUUUUUUGCAAAAAUCAACAACAACGAUCAGCAAACACGAAUACAUGGCUAAAACAACAACAAAUCGCACGCAAUUGGAUAUAUAACAAACGGAUAUACUCGAAAACACAUACAAUUGCGUCUAAAUGUUUUAGCCUUCACACAUGCAACCUACACGCAAGACAACAACAACAACAAACAAAUUAAAUAAUAACCAGCCAACACAAUCAUGCGUAUUAAUUGAUACAACUUAAUACCUUAUGGGACAUUUUCAUUCAAUUAAUGGCAAUUUAAUAAAACCAUAAUCGUCAGUUAAUUCCAUUAAGUAAACACAAGAAAAGAAGAGGAGAGAAGGAAGCUGAAAGAGAUGUGCACACAUUUAAAGAAGCAAAAAUUUAAUACAAAUUCAAUUAAUUUGUGACGUGAAGGUGUGAGAGCCAAAUCAAUACAAAGGCGACAUCUUAAGCACAAAGAUUUCAAGCAAUCGAACAACAACAACUAACACAGUAACAGCGACAGCAACUUUUUUCAAACUCCAACGGUCAAUUGUGCGCAACAACCCUCAUUGGACAAGUGAGCACGAUCAGCCCGAAAGAACGUUAAGAGGGACGGCAACAGACAGGAAGGAAGGAAGGAAGAAAGGAAGUGAGAAGGCAAGGAAACACUCAACAGUCAACAGCAGAAAAGCAGUCAAGCGAGCGCACAAUUUCAUAUCGCUAUGGGAAAUUCAUCAUCACACACACACGAACCACUAGAGCGCGGUUUCACGCGCGGAAAAUUUGGUGAUGUCAAAAAUGGGAAAUCCGCAUCAUUUCGUUUUAGCAAGAAAUCACCAAAGAAAAUGGAUCGUUUACGUCGAUCCUUUCGUGAUUCGUUUCGUCGUCGGAAGGAUCGUGUACCCGAAUCAUCGAAACCUCACCAAUGGCAGGCAGACGAAGAAGCUGUACGUUCAGCGACCUGUUCGUUUGCGGUCAAAUACUUGGGUUGUGUUGAGGUAUUCGAAUCGCGCGGUAUGCAAGUUUGCGAGGAGGCCCUAAAAGUAUUAAGGAAUUCGCGCCGUCGACCCAUACGCGGGGUGCUGCACGUAAGCGGCGAUGGACUGCGCGUCGUGGACGAUGAAACAAAGGGCCUCAUUGUCGAUCAGACCAUCGAGAAAGUGAGCUUCUGUGCGCCGGAUCGUAACCACGAACGCGGCUUCAGUUACAUUUGUCGCGAUGGCACCACGCGUCGUUGGAUGUGUCAUGGCUUUCUAGCUUGCAAAGAGUUGGGUGAGCGCCUCUCCCACGCCGUGGGUUGCGCUUUUGCCGUUUGCUUGGAACGUAAACAGCGACGUGAUAAGGAAUGUGGCGUCACAAUGACAUUCGAUGUAAAGAAUUCAACAUUCACACGCACGGGCUCGUUCCGUCAGCAAACUUUGACCGAACGUUUGGCGCAAGGUGAGACACCAUCGGCCGCUGUGCCACCACAGCCUAAACCCUACAACCCCUUCGCCAUUGAACGACCACAUGCCACACCAUCAAUGUUGGAGCGUCAGGGCUCGUUUCGUGCAUUCAGCACCAUCGGCAGUCAAUCGCCAUUCAAACGGCAGAUGUCACUGCGCAUCAACGAUCUUCCGUCCAAUACCGAAAGACAGAAGGCAUUUUUGGCAGCCGCCACUGGCGGUGGCUCACUCGCCGCCGCUUUGGCCACACCAAAUCGUAGUGUUUCACCAAUACCAGAGAUCUCACCAGCUAAAAUGGGCAUUGCAGAUAUGGAUAACGGUUGCGCCACCAUCGAUACGGUCAGCCAAUUGUGUCAGGAGCUCAGUCAGGGGCUUUCGUUGCUUACGCAAACCGAUGCAAUGAUCGCUGCUGGCGAUGAUCUCAAUUUCAAUAAUAACUUGAGCAUUAAUCAGAAUAUCAUUGCCGCUGAUAAGACGCUACAACAACAAAAGGGAAUCUCCACACCAACAUCAUUGCCAGCUGCAAGUAGCAGCAACCAUAGCAUCUCAGCCGGUAGUCGAGUGUACGAGUAUGGUGAUGGUGCAGUGAGCAGCAAUUCAAUUAGCGUGGGUGUAGCGGCCACCACGCCCACAGCUCAAGUGGCGCCACGUGUCUCAUCAAUAUCGCCGGUAUCUACAAAUUCGCCAGUGCAUACGCCAACAACACCAACGUUGACAAUGACGCCGCCACCAGUACCAUUUACCGGCGGACGCCCAGUGGAGAUGGUUGCACCACUGCCCAACGCGGAACAAUGGUUGGGUGAGGUGGUUAGAAAGACAUCGCCGGCUUUAUUAAAACGUGCGCCACGUCUGCUCAACUCAACCGGGCGUACACAAUCAAUGAGUGCUGCACCGCCCUUAGGUGUGGAUCCCUUCGAUGCCGAAUGGGUUGCGGGCGUGACGAAGCCACUCUCACCCGAUCUACCAGUGGCUGAUGUAGCCACAACGCCAGUAGCAGCGGCAACGCCGGUAACACCUGUGAUCGGCAGUAGUAUAGCACCAAUACACCACAGUACCAAUCCAUUUAUAUCACCGCCGAAGGUACCGGCGCAAACGUUCCAGGUGCAACUGUAAAGAUCGUAAUAGCGCAGACGAGGGGGAAUAGCUUAUGUUAAGGAAGAGGACUAGAGUUUAGGUACUCAAAUAAUGUUGGCAGUAAGAAUUUACAAAAGUUGUAAAAUGCUAUGGGGUACGAAUGAAGAGAGAGGAAGAGAGAGAGAGAGAGUGUGAGGAGGUAUGUUGUGCAGCAAAAAAUACGAAUACGAAGGCAGAACUAAAAUUUAAAUGCAUGCACUGCAAAGUGAUAAAGAAUAAAUGUGUUGGAACUAGCUACCAAUUAGUUAUUUUCGGACCAGUUCAUUUUUGACUAUAUUUUAAACUAGGUGUUUUGCAAUCAACUCAAUUUGUCAACUGAAAAGUAAAUUAUAAUUGUUUUUCAGUUUAGCAAAAAUUUUGAAAUACUGUAAAUGGAACUGGUUACUUGCGGUGCAGUAUGCAUACUAGUUGAAAUGUUGAAAUCAAUUUUUUUUUUUUUAAUUUUAAAUAGUAAAAGUAUGUGUAUUUUUAAAAAAAAAAUAUAACCUCUAGUAAUUCUGCCUGAAUUUUUGAGAUUUUCCUCUUGAACGCUUGAAUCUUUGAAAUUACUUGAGCACGCCACUGGGGCGAGAAACCCGAUAAUAGAGAGUAACGGUGUUAUUAUGCAUUACCUACAGCUAAAUUAUUAAUGUUAAAUGUACUUAAAUAGUUUGUAAAUUAAUUAGUAAUUAACAGAGACCAACAGCCGAAACAGAAUUACUUAAAGUAAUGCAAUGAAACAGAACAAAAGGAAAAAAUAAAGAAAUUAAAAUGCAAAAAAAAAUGAAUAAAUUAAAAAAGCUGGGCAGCACGCCAAGUGAUAAACGAGAACGCAAAGAGAUGUGUAGUAAAGUAGUGGUAUAGCGAAGAAA